CAUCGAAAAAAUAAUAAUGAAGCUACAAAAUUCAGUAUUAUUUCGUUGCGAACAAAACCUGAUAACAAAAGAUAACGUAUCAGUUUCAGUAAGCCUAGAGAUUGGGCUUUUAGUUGCUUUAUAUUGUUAAUCUCGCAUUGUUGUUUAUUAACAGCAAUCUCGUUAUAUCUAUAAACCCAUACAUUCGAGUACCAAUACGUAAUUUUAUUCAAGUGUUUAGCAAAAAAAAAUGGUAAAAUUGAAAUUUAGUCAUUACUCAUACGUGUGGUGCUGAACCGGCGAUUUGAUAAAAAGCUUCCUGUUUAACAGUGCAGAAUAAGCCAAUUCGCUGAUGUGACAAAGUGAACAUGAACGUCGUGUUGUGGUUUAUAGUGAUUUUGAUACAUAUUGUUUUUGCUGAAAUUAGCCCUCAAAAUGAGUUCAGUGUGUCGACCGGAAGUAAUUUAACAAGUUACACAAAUGAAGAUUACCGGCCUACAACAAAAGUUUAUCCCGUAACAAGAGAUGAAGAUAAGUUUUCAAACGUUACGAAAGAUGUAGACAGCAAAACUAGUAAUAAAAGUAACGACAAACUUCUAAAAGAUGAAAAUAGUGACAUAUUGUUAGAGCAAAAUAAUGUUAUCAGUGAAAGUGGAACUUCUACAGAUAUCAAUGAUAUGUAUUUCAAAGAAUUCUCAAUAGCCAAUGACGUUGGUAGCUCUAAAGUGUCGGAUACUACCAACGAUUUCAGCAGCUCCCUGCAAAAAACCACACAACAGGAUUCAAUUAUCGAAAAUACUCUUCCAACUACGGAUCUGUCAGAUUUAAGAGUCACAGAUGAUGAAAAUAAAAAUCUGGAGGAUGAUAACAGUGAAUUUUACGAAGAUCCUGAAGCUUCAUCACAAAGUUACUUCAGUAUUUCGUCACUAUCUAUGACUAACACUGGCCCUGAAAAUGCUUUUUAUGAUAGGAUAACAGAAAAAGCAGCUUUUUCGUAUUCGUCUAUAAAUGAUGAAAAUAUAUCCUCAACGGAUGUUAUGAGUUCCACUAGUCCGGAUUACACCUACACCCCUUCAGUGAUGAAUCAUGUCAGAGCUUGUGAAAUUCCUUACAUAAAUUUUUCCAAUAUCGAGCCGUAUGGUUUCAACGUCACUUUAGAAUGGGAGGCUUCUGAUUCCACUUGCUCCGACAUCGAAUACGCUAUCUUUUUAAACGAGACACAAGUUGAUCUUACAGCAGACCUUACGGUAACCAUCAGCGAUCUACGUGCCUGCAGUGAAUAUACAGUUUCUAUUGCGGCAAUUGUUAAUAAUGAGACAGUAGCAAAAAGUGAACCAGAAAGUUUUACCACGGUAAUCCCAGACUCAUUCACAUCUUACGGAGUACAAAAUUUAAGUGUAGUAGAAACUCCGGAAGACACUCUCAAAUUAACAUGGGAACCACCAGUUGACGAAGUAGUUCAGUGUGUCACUAACUACUAUUUGACAUGGUGGGACGCAAACACUGAAACGCCUGAAGACAGCGUUAACAUUACCGAAACUUCGUACACUCUCCCCUUAAUCGGAUGCAUGCAUUACGUUUUUAUGAUAUAUCCUCAAUCCGGAGCAAAUCAUAACGGCCACGAAGACGCCGCAAAUUACACGGUGGAUCCCAUUCCAUUUAAUAAUACGAUUGUCCAAUUUUCUCACGGGAAAACUUACUCAAAUAUAACGUGGCAGAUAGAUGACAAAACAAAAAAUAGGUGUGACAUCGAAGAAAUAUUCGUUACGUGUAACGCACCUACGGAUCAAAACAUCGACGCUCCCUGGAUCAUUCGCAAUGCUCAAGCUCAUGAAACAAUUUUUGAACAAAACCCAAACUACAGAUACGGUAUAAGUAUCCAAAAUUUAUCUUCUUUUACGAACUAUACGUGUACCGGUGUUACCACAAAUGCGGCUGGAAAUUCUACGGAAACCGAGUUCGAGAUCACUACAGAUGAAGACGUGCCUUCGGAACCAUUAGCACUCGAGAUAGAUGAGAUUGGUCCCACUACCUUUAGAGUAAAGUGGCAACAACCCGCAGUGAUUCCCGGCAUUAUGACAUCGUAUGGAAUACGGAUUAACGCUAGCGGGUCCCAGCAGCAGGUCACGAAAGAAUGCUCAAACAAUGUCACAAAUCACCAUUUUGACAUAAGUGCAGACAACACAAACUUUACGUUCGAUGAAGCCAUUCCGUACUAUAAGUAUCAAGUUUCGAUCUAUGGGACCGAUGGGGCUGGUAAUGGAACUGAGGCAACAACUGACGCGCUUACAGCAUCAGCAGAACCAGACAGCGUUGCAAACGCUCGAACAGAACCUCCUAAAUAUUCACAAACUGAAGAAUAUAAAGGUACCGUGAAAGUUGUGUUUGACCCUCCCUGCAAUACGAAUGGUCCGUUCAAACACUACGCCAUUAGAUACAAUGGCACAAGAACCAAUUUGCCUAUUGUUGACGAAACAAUCACAACGACUGCAACAGAAGAAGAAGUGUAUCUUUUGCCGGAACGUAAUUAUUCGUUUACUGUUACCGUAGUAACGGAAAACUUUACGUCGUUGCCGGUAGAUAUUCCUUCCAUUCAAUCUCAAGCUGGAGUUCCAAUUUUAACGGCAAAUAUGACACCACCGGAAGUUAACGACACCACAAAAGCUUAUUUUACAUUGCCUAAGAGUGUGUUUAACAAUGAAAAUGGCGAAGUUAUCGCUUACAGUUUGAUUUUGAUGAAUACAUCCACACAAAAGUGUACAUACGGAUUUUGGCAAGGGACUAAUGAAAGCUGGCCGUCGUUGCCUGAAAAUGGACAUCAAUUAACUCCUAAUUUUUGGAAUCCUUUUGAAGGUGGUGUCCAAAGUGUUGAUUUUAUAAUUGGUAAAGACAGUGACUGUUCUGGACCAAACUAUUGCAACCAAGCUUUAAAUGAGGGCACUAAAUAUUGGUUAAUAGUGCGCGCUCUCACCAGCGCAGGCUUUAAAGACAGUUCGUUGUUACAUUUUGAAACAGAAAUGCCACUAGACGACUUACAGUUACCUCUUAUUCUGGGAUUAAUAUUUGGUCUACUACUCUUGUUAAUAUUAAUAGGGUUCUUAUUUUUCCUCUGGAGAAGAAGACGAAGAAACGCUACACCUGAGGAAGAAAAACGACCUUCUACAAAUCCAUUCCCAGCACCUGUUCCUGUACAAAAAUUCAUUAGCUACUAUGCAAGCAUCAAAGAAGACUACAAUAUAAUACGACAACAAUUUAUCGAUCUAGGUUUACAAAGUAAAGAAUACGCCGGUGAGACCACUUUUGCAAUCUUACCGGAAAACAAGCGUAAAAAUCGAUAUACAAACAUUCUACCAUUUGACGCAACACGUGUUUCUCUAAAAAUUGAUGAAGACGAUGAAAUUAGUUCAGACUAUAUUAAUGCCUCAUAUAUUAAGGGCUACACAGGUAAAGUUGAAUACAUAGCCACUCAAGGUCCCCUGGAACUGACUGCCAGAGAUUUUUGGAAAAUGAUAUUGCAAGAAAACGUUACUGUUAUAGCAAUGGUUUCGCAAUUCGUUGAACAGACUAAAGAAAAAUGUUUUCAUUAUUUUCCAAACAAUCACGAAAAUGUCUAUUUUGGUGAAUCUUUAGAAGUUAAAUGUACUACAGAACUGCAUUUUGGAACAUACUGUGUUCGGACACUGCAAGUUCGAAAAAAUACAGAACAGCGGGACGUUGUUCACAUGCAGUUUUUAGAAUGGCCCGACUUCGGAGUUCCACAAGGUACUGACAACAUGUUACAAUUUUGUACUCAAUUGAGGGAAAAAGUCAACAAGGAAGGGGGUCUUAUAGCUGUACACUGCAGCGCUGGAGUUGGUAGAACUGGGACGUUGAUAGCAGCGGAUAUACUUCUUCAGACCAUCGACGAUCACAGAGACAUUAAUAUCUAUAAGACUGUUUUGGACCUAAGAAAACAAAGAACAAAUAUGGUACAAACAGAAAAACAAUAUAUGUUUAUACACACAUGUAUAAAAGACUACAUAGAAACUCCUCCCAGUCAAACAAAUGAUACAGGAGGAGAACGCAUUUAUGAAAAUAUGGAUGUAAUAAGAUCUUCAUCUCUGAAGAAAAAUCUAAUUGAAAGCGAAAUAGAAAGCGCUUUAUAACAUAUUAACUUAAAUUUGUACUUAAUUUUUUAAAUUUAUGUAUACUUAUUACUCUCAUGUGUUCCAGCUACAUACGCUAUCUAUAUCGACGCUUACAUGAAAAAUUACGAAGCUGUGAUCUGUAAAUAGAAAAAAUAAAUUUUUGCUACAAA